CUGACAUUUGACAAUUCCUACAGCAGGUAGUCGGUUUGUUUAUAUCAGAAAAAUACUGGGAAUUUGAGUUUAAUUUUUAGCUUAUUAAGAAUAAGAAUCCAGUUCCAUUAUUUCUAUAUCAUAAGUUAUGUCUGAAAUAAAGGAAGAAAAAGAAUGCAAACCCAAUGUACCUUCAAAAUCUUCUAUGGAAAUACUAUCAGAAUUAUUCAGUACAUUCCAUGCAAAACCACCUUUGAUUAUUAAAAAAGAAAAAUCUGAUGAAUCUAGUAAGAAGCACAAGAAAAAGAAAAAACAUAAAAGUAAAGAUAAAAAACACAAGAAAAAAGAGAAAAAGAAAAAACGUUCAAGUAGUAGUUCUUCAAUUAGUGAUACUGAAAAUGGUAAAGUGGAUUUAGAACAAAUCCUUAUAAAAAAAGAAAAAGAACUGGCAGAGAAAAAAAUUAAAAAGGAGUUCGACGAAUUAAUCAAAAAGGAAAAGGCAUCUAAAAAGCAGCAUUCAGAUGAAGAAGAGGGAGUGUGGGAAGAAAAACAGGAUAAUGAAAAGUCGAAAUCUAUGGAUAAUGGAAAACAGAAAAUUAUCAUUAAAGAUAUUAAAUUUAAGUCAAUAUUUGAUUCUGCUAUAAAUGAAAUAAAACAAAAAAUUGAAGAACAUGAAGAAGGACUAGUUAGUGAUUCAGAUAGUUCAAAAAAGAAGAAAAAACAUAAGUCACAUUCUAAAAAGCGUUCAAGAAGUAGAAGCAGAGAUCUAAAAGAAAAGAGAAUUAAAACUCAUGAUAAGUUAGAAAAAAAGGACAGGGAAAAGGAUCAUAAAAGAUCUAAAGAUGCAGAUAAAGACAAGGAAAAGCACAGGAGAAAUAGUAGAGAUAAGGAUAAAGAAAGAUAUCAAGAACAUCAUGAUAGAAAUCGAGAUAAAGAAAGAAAUAGUUUUUAUUCCAGUGAUAAGAAAACUAGAGACCAUGAUAGGGAUAGGCAUGAAGAGAGGGACAGGUAUAGAGACAGAUCAAGAGAGAGACAUAGAGAUGAAUACAAUAGAGAGUUGGAGGAAUAUAAAAGAAGUAGGAAUAAAACAUAUAAAGAUGAUGAUUUUUAUAAAAAGGAAGAAUCUAAAGAGAAAUGGUUUAUGAGAGAUAGGUAUCGGGGUUAUAGUGAAAGAGAUCGAAGGCGGUCACCUUCAAACGAUAGAGACUCUAGAUUCGAUAAGAAAAAACUUUUAGAAAUCGCCAGGAAAAAUGCCAUAACCAUGAUGAAAUCUGGUAGUUUACCAGCUGCUUUAACUUUGGGACCACAAGCACAAGAAAAAGUUAUAGCAGCCAUUAAAUCUGGUGGAAAAACCAUUGAAGAAUUGACUGAUUUUUGUAAAACGCUUUCUAAAAAAGAAGAACUAGGAGAGUUAUCAAGUUUUUCUGAAAAAGACGAUAGUGAUAGUGAUACUGACAAGCCUUUUCAUCACCCUUUUCAAAUUAAAGACCGUCCAACUUCUAUCACUAUGAAUAUAAAGAAUUCCGUACCACUUCCUACUAAAUCAGCACUAGAGCGCACCAGUGAAUUACGAAUACAGUUUCCAGUCAGUAGUGGCCAACAUCACAGAAAAGGUGAAGAAUGGCUGCCAGUGUCUCCUCCAACUGAGAAAGAACCAGAUGCUUUACCAUCAGGAGUAUCUUUGGUUUCAACAGUUAGCACUAGCAGUAUUCCGUUACCUAUUGAACCGGCACCAGUCCCCGCACAACCACCACCGUUGCCUGUCAAAGAGAUAGAAAAAAAACCUCUUCCUUUACCUCCUGUUGAUCCUCCGACAGUUCCUGCUCCGCCUAAUGCUCCCCCAGGACCGCAACUUUUUCCUACACCUCUCAAUCAGGCUGCUGUUGAUAUUGGAUCAAUUGUUUCUCAAAGGCUAUCAGCUAUGAGAAGAUUGCAAGAAAACCCCAAUGAUGUACAAGCUCUAACUCAGAUGUAUAAGUCUAACAAAGAGAUGCAGUCUUGGGCAACAAGCAAGCAACAAUUGGGCCAGUUCACAGGAUCUACUGGUGCCCAAAUUUUAUCUCAAGCUGAAUUAUCUUCUGGUUAUCAAGCAUGGGCUAAAAAGGCCGUUAUGUUAUAUGAAGGUUCUUGGAAUGGAGUCUGCCAGACAGCUUUAUUUGCAGUAUGGAUCAACUCCAAACAGCAGCCCCACUCUCUGGAGGGAUGGGAAUGCACCUUCUUCAAAAAAUGGGCUGGAAACCGGGCGAAGGGUUAGGAAAAGAUCGAACUGGAGCUCUUGAGCCUUUGCUACUUGAAGUAAAACUUGAUAAAAAAGGUCUAGUAGCAAAUGAAGAACAAAAGAAGAAGAAACAAAAAGCUCCACCAGGUGUGAAAAACUUGCAAGGAAAACACCCCGUGUCUUUAUUAGGAGAGUAUGCUUCAAAGAAAAAGUUGGGUGCACCUCAAUACGUUUUAGAAUUCGAGUGCGGACCUGAUCACAAGAAGAACUUUCUUUUUAAGGUGGUUCUUAAUGGAGUUGAAUAUAAACCUAAUGUAGCAGCAAAUAAUAAGAAAGAAGCAAAAGCGGCUGCAGCACAGAUGUGUUUGCAGCAGAUUGGACUUUUACCAACAUAGAGUUGUAAUUAUUAAUUUCUUAUAUAGAAUUGAAUAUUUUUAUGUAAGAUUUACCAAUAGUCAUUGUUUUAUUUUGUUGUAAUAUAGCAUUUAUAUAUAAUCUGUGAUCUCCAAAUUUAUAUAUUUUAUAUAGGUAACUUUGAAGAUAAUAUUGUGGACCAUUAUUACAAUUCUUUAAAUUAUACCGUCUUUCACAGUUCAUUAGAGUUCAGCAGAAUCUUAAUAAAAAUUUGUUAAAGUGAG